AUGGACAUGCUACAUUCCGGCUUGUCUGCACUCGAAUACUCCCAGGACCAAGCUCCUAGUGCAAUGAACCCUCUCUCCAUCUCUUCCGGCAACAUACAGUCAUCAAUUGCUAGCUUGGGAGAUGGCGUUGAAAACCAGCAUCCGCUGACACUGGGGGACGGGGCGGACGGAGUUUCAAUCAAGGCUCCAUUUCGCUUGUUCCAACCUCCGGUAGCGUUGGGUUCGAAUGACUUUUCUGAUCGUUCCGUCGAACAAAAGCAAGAACGAAAACCUUCCAAGUCUCGGUACGUUAAUAGGGCCUUGCUGAACCAAGAUCGACCAUACUUGAGUCACCCAAAAUAUGACGAAUAUCGCCGUCGUCCCAGGCAAGAUAUUGGAAAGGACGGAAAGCCCAUAUGGCCUCAACCUAUCGAGGAUGCAUUUCAGGAUGCACUCGUCGCGAUCAAGCCCAUGGGCCGCAAGAAAUGGUCAGAAGGUGGAAGGCUACACGGACGCAACAUGCUGAUAGCAAGAUACAUUUACGAAAAGACAGGCGUGUGGCGGGAGAGAAAACAAGUCUCGAGCCACAUUCAAGUACUGGACAGAUUCCUCAAGGGCAUCCCUGAAUGGGACCGCCUGAUCAAGUUCGAUGAUGAGGACGAUACGAAAGCGCCAGACGGCCGUCAGUUUUACCCCAACUCUACAGGCCAUCAAAUGGCCAAGAGACACAAAAUGGCCGGAUUUUCUGAUCGACAGCGGCAGCACAGCUUCGUGAAGAAAGAGGCAGACGCCAGCUACGGCACGGAUGGAGGCGCCGCGAUGACGAUUUGUCUUGCAACCUACCGUGUCCAGCGCGUCCAUUUCGAAAUGUGGGUGAGCCUGCCAGGCGAGCUGCAACAUGCGCUUCACAAUUAUACCCGCCUUGAGGAAGAUAAUCAGUUGAUGGACAUACAUCUGGAUGAGGCCAUCGACAACUGGGGGCACGCGUUCCCGCACCUUCACAGCAUCAGGUACGAGCUGUCGACAUUCAACCACUGCGAAAUGGUCCUCUUCAACGCCAACUUCUACUUGAUGAAUGAUUUUCCGCCGCGGCACUCCAAGCUUGGUAUCGGGCUCGAACUUGACUUCCAAUGUGACGAGUGGCCAGAAAUGCAGUGGGCCAAGGAAAAGAAAUCCUGGUCGUGCAUAACGCACAUCUAUCAGGACGGCCAUCUGCUCAUGCCGCCUACGCAUGAGGAAUGCUAUGGUUCUCAACAAGGCAAUGUGAAACCUCUUUUCCAGUCGAGGUGGUGGGCUUCGGUACUCACGUCGCUCACAGAAACGAAGAAGUUGGCGGAAGAGAACAAGAACAUUGCAGCGAUGGAGCUCGCGGAUUUGCGUUCACAGAACUUUUUCAAAGGUCUGACUAUCAUGCAAGAGAUCUUUGCACUGCGGUGUAGGAGUGACCAGCGGCCGCACAAGAAUCAGAAGCCCAGAAGAGCGGCGAUCUUGCUGUGGAAGUUCUCGCAAGCAGCUUUAAGCUCUGCCGCGAUUACAACAUGGCGGAAUGUUACCCUGCGGUCGGGUUCUGAUUCACCAGGUCCACACGGGCAGGUAUCGACCGCAACAGGGAUGGAUCUGCCUGCACUGCCUAUGGACUCUAUGGCUGACUACGGCAUGCACAUCGGCUCGUUUGAGGACAACAGCCACUUCUCAUCGCAGCAUCAGGGGCUUCCAUUCGACAUGUUUCCUACGUCUAUGGAUGAGGAAUUGUGCCAAGAUGGCUUUAUGGCCCUGGACUCAGCGCAAAUGGCAGGACUGGACCAUCUACAAUCGUCGUUCCAUCUUCCCGGCACACAUGGAUUCAAUGGCGAUUCCACUGCAGACCAACAAGAUGGUAGUUUCGCGAGGGCACACGUAGAUCCUCCAAGCUCUUUGCCUGAUGCGAUGCAGGCAGCAAACCUCUUCGAAUUCCCCCAACUGCUCGGACAAGAAACAUCCCUGUCGAAUAUGACGUACAACAAAGACGAAUGCGUGGAUGAAACCCAGCAUGAAGUCGCGCAAGAUGAAGAUCAACCACUGGCGCGAUUCAAUAUUCAAGCACACCAAGCACUGCAAGAGCGCCUGGGCGCUGACGAAGCCGACCAGUCAGCAACGUUGCUCCCCUCCGCACAGCCCAAACAGGAGCCAGACCUUUCACAGUCCAACAAUCUAAGCGACCAGAAUUGGCAUCAGCUUAACGAGGAAGACCUUUCCGUGUUGCGGUUCCUGACUGAAGAGCAACGCCGACACGGGAGUAUUGACGAUCAGCCGUGGGCUGGAGAAGACCACGAUGAUGAAACGCUAAGAGCUGCCUUGUUCGCUGCAUCCGCUGAGAGUGGUGAGCAUCACCAUCAACAACCUCGACCGCAAACGCAUGACUCUCUUGAUCGCGACCAUGCGUAUGCGCAACGGCCUCAUCAACCUCUCCGGGUGUUGCCUCUGGCUCUUCGUCCAACCUUGCAUUCCCAUCACAGUUUCCCUGGAUUGCGCCAAGAUCCACCAGCGCAUGUGUUCCAGAACAAUGACAACAGCUUUGAGUCAGCGUUCGGGAACGUUCAUCCCAUCGCUCACCACGGAUCCAUGCUGCAGUCACAAUUCAAUGGGCAAGCCGUGGACCAAAUAUCUGCGUCGUACCCUGUGGACAAUCCUUACGCUCCCGUCGUUGUCAGCGAAGGUAGUCGUGGUCUGCCACGCGCUCAAAGUGAGCCUGAUCCAUUCCUUGGUGGGCUGCUUCAGGUGAUCCCGCCUCUCCCCGUGCUGGAAAGCCAACAAGACGAAGAUGAUACUACAUCUGGUACGCAAGUGCAUUCACAGUCUCAAAGCACUGACGGGCUGGCACUUGAUGGCAGUUUUGUGGAGGUCUCUAUGGACGAUAUCCAAGGAUGA